UGCAAACAAGGCCUUGCAAGCCAAGCAUAAAGGAAUGCUCUCCUGAUUUAGAUUGCUUUUGUGCAAUUCCUUACCUAGAGUCGUCACUGUGGUGACAGUGACACACACACACACACACACACACACACACACACACACACACACACACACCGGCAGCAUGGCUGCUGUGGCAAACGCACCUAGCAUGCAUCCCGAGCUGCUGGAGGCAGCAUGCCAUGGCAGCUGCAGCGAACUGACGAACCUUCUGAACGGAGGAGCGGCUGACGUGCCUAUUGAGGUCGUCGUCGACGUCGACCGCCCCGCGCGCCCACCGGCGUCGUCCUUGCUCCUGGAAGGGGUCACCCCAGACGGGGACUCCGCACUCCACAUCGUAGCAGCCUACGGGUACCUGAAGAAAGCCAGGGCAGUCUACGACAAGGCGCCGCACCUCUUGGGCGCGCGCAACGGCGGCGGCGGCACGCCGUUGCACCGCGCCGCCAGGGCCGGCCACGCCGCGAUGGCCGCCCUCCUCGUUGAGCUGGCGAGAGGGGAAGAGGUCGCCGGCGAAGACGGGAGGGUGGAGACGCUGGUGAGGAUGCAGAACGGGCUCGGGGAGACGGCCCUGCACGAGGCGAUACGCGCCGGUCAGAUGCCCACGGUGGCUGAGCUAAUGGCAGCGGACCCCUUCCUCGCUCGCGUCCCGGACGACGGAACCUCGCCGUUGUUCCUCGCCGUCUCUCUGCGACAUGAGGAAAUUGCGCGGGAGCUCCACGAGAGAGACAAGAAGCUGUCAUACUCCGGGCCAGAUGGACAGAAUGCGCUUCAUGCUGCAGUUCUUCGAAGCAGAGAUAUGACAGAAUUAUUACUGAACUGGAACAAGGAGCUUACUAAAAAGCGAGACCAACUUGGAAACACACCUCUACACUUUGCGGUAUCAUUAGAAACGGGGACACGUGGUAUGCUUCCCCAAUAUGCCGUGCCAGUGAUAAAUGGAACUAGUAUUACAAGUUUUCUGAACGUGGUGGAAACACCAAUGGACCUUACCAUGCUAAUAUUGGAGGCGGAUGCAUAUUCAGCAUAUCAACCGGACGAACAAGGGUCAUUCCCCAUACAUGUCGCUGCUUUAGCGGGGAGACUUUCAUCUGUCAUCAUCUUACUUUUAAAGUGCCCAGGUUGCGCCAGCUUACGUGACACCCAUGGAAGAACUUUUCUCCAUGUUGCUGUCAUGAAGAAAAGAUAUGAUAUAGUUCGGUAUGCCUGCCAGACACCCAUGUUUUCGUCAAUUAUGAACAAGCAAGAUAAUGAAGGAAACACUGCACUACAUCUAGCUGUGGAGGUUGGGGACUGGUGGAGUUUCACUUGUCUCUUCGCAAACAAAGAAGUAGAUUUGAAUCUACCAAACAACAAGCAACAUACCCCGCGAGAAAUUUCAGUUAGCAGUACUCCCACCGGGUUGUACUGCCUGUUGCACUCGCGGAUUUUGAUACAACAAGCUCUCAUAUCUGCCGAUGCUACACUUCAUAUCUGUCGGCGAGAUAUCAUGAAAAAGGGACCUAGUACCCAAUCUGACGCUAAGAUUGAUGCGGUAAUAUCAAACUCAACGCAAUUUCUCGGCCUUGGCUUAGUAUUAAUUACAACAAUGGCUUUUGGUGCUGCUUUCGCCUUACCUGGGGGUUACAGAGCAGAUGACCACCUUAAGGGAGGAACACCAACUCUGUCUACCGAAAAAGUAUUCCAAGGAUUCUUGAUGGCGAAUGCACUGGCAUUUAUAUGCUCGUCUUUGGCCGUCCUAAGCCUUGUGUUUGCAGGAACACCUACAGUUGAAAUACCCAUGCGCUACAUGCACUACAAUAUAUCCAUAUGGUUAUCUUUCAAUGGAGUCUUAUCUUUGGGGACGGCCUUCGUAUUGGCUAUAUACAUCAUGAUCACCCCAGUUAUUUCUGGAACUGCUAUUAUGGUCAUGGUGGUGUUUUCUUCAUUAGAAAUCCUCUACAUGCCAUCAUUAGUUGAGAAGCUUGUCAAAUUCAUGAUAGUGGUAUGUGGUAGAGUAGGAAUAUUGCCAGUAAUGCUAAGAUCGGAGAUGCCGAAGGUAAUGUUGCUUACAAUUUGGCCCCUCAUGGUAAUCUUUGGAUGGCAAGAAUACGCAUGGCGACACAUGUGGCAUUAUGUACCUGUAGCAGAGAAACUGGUCACUUGAGCUUGAAGCAUGGUCGAUCCACAAGGGGUCUUGUGGGCAUGAUUUCUACUUUUAAGAAGUUGCAGCGCAUUCAAAACCCAGCUGGCCACUGGAUUAUAAGAAGAGGAGGCUAUGUAUUUUUUUACUCAAAUAUGAUAUUAUAUAUUAAUAAGCAAGAUUAUCGCUUGUUUUUUGGACUC